GCCCCGCACGCUCGCCGGGGGCGGCCGAGGCAGCUGGAGGGGCUGGUAGAUGCGGCGGCCGCGGCGGCGGCGGCCCGGGCUCUCCAUGAGCGAGCGGCGGCGGCAACGGGUGCGGUGGCACCGGCGGUCUUCGGUCCCCCGGGAGGAUGAAGACACUGUUUGAAGAGAUCAAAGCAUCAAUUAAAAAUAACUAUAACCAAGAUCGAUCAUUCUGGAGGCCUGUCCUCCCUUGGGGAGGAGUUUUUACUAUCAAAGCUGGCCGCAAAGCAGUAUCCUGUACACCCCUCUAUGUUGAGAUCAGACUGAAAAAUACCUGCACCAUAGAUGGAUUCUUAAUGCUACUCUAUGUCAUUCUUAAUGAAAAUGAAAGUUUCCCCAGGGAACUCUCUCUCCAUUUUGGCAGGGAGUUUGUAGACUGUUUUCUUUAUUUAAUGGACACCUACAGUUUUACAACUGUGAAGCUGCUUUGGAUUUGGGACAAGAUGGAAAAACAGCAGUACAAAUCUGAAGUUCACAAAGCUUCAUUAGUCAUUGAUUUGUUUGGGAAUGAGCACGAUAAUUUUACCAAAAAUCUUGAAAAUCUCAUGUGUACCAUUCAAGAGAGUUACUGUUCUAACUGGCGCUGCCCGACCCGAGUGCAAGAAGAUCAGCAGCGCACAAUUAGUAUAAAUCCUCCCCAGGAAACUCCACACGGAAACUUGAUACGACUGGCUGUGGAUGGGUUAUUCUGUUCCAAAAUUGAACUUUGUGAAGAGCGCGGGUGUGGUGGCUUAAGAGAAUUUUCCCAACGAGUUUUCUGCCAUGGAGCACCCCCUUUUGUUGUGUUAAAUAUGCAGCAUUGGAAACCUGAAGAUCUGGCAUAUGUCCCCUAUUACUUGGAUUUAUCUGAUCACAAGUAUUUGCUGGAAGGUGCCACAUUAUUUAACAAAGAGGAACAUCAUUAUUCUGCAGCUUUCCAGAUUGAUGGACAUUGGAUGCACUAUGAUGGCCUCAGAAAUGUGAAUUUAAUUUUGUUAAAUAAACCCCCAGAGUUUCUUCUCUUGUCAUCACUGGUUUAUAUUCGAGCAACAGAGAAAUAAACAGAGACUGAUGCUGAAUUAUAUUGUUCUCCGGCUUGCCCAUGCUCCCUAGGUGAAGGGCUUUGGUUCUGCAUAUACUUGGUAUCCAAGGAAACAGUUCAACUAUACUAGUUUCAGAGAUGUAUUUUUUAUUGUUUUGCCUCCAGGUAAAUGUUUUAUAUGGACGGUCUAUGCAAAAAUGUAUUUUUAAAGUAUUUUCUGGGUUAUUUUUAUACAAGCGUAUGUUGUGUUUAAAUAAAAUAUAUCUUGUGGCCUUUGUAUUUUUUUAUUUAUAUAUACCUCAAUGGUUUUUACAGUUCUGUCUUUAAAUCCAAGAAAAUGCUUUGUCAUUUCAAUUCUAAAUUUUCCUUUUUAGAUAAAGCCUAGGGUAAAAGUCAGUAUUUUGGUUAUCUGACUAUAUUUUUCUUUGCCUUACCUCCAAAGUGUACUGCAUUGGAUUUAGCAGGAUUUGAAUGGAUGGCUUAUGGAUGGCUUAUUUUAGUAAUUGUUUAGUUUAUUUUGCCCUUUGCUAUUUCCUGUGGCAAUUUUUUAAAAAAUGGAUAUUUUUGUAGAUUAAACCAUUUUCUUUGUAGUAGCAGGUUGCUGUAACUAUUUGCUAAAAUAUAAGCCCACCAGCACUUUUCAAGCAUUAAGCUUCUGACGUUAGCUAAUGUAAGCAUUACAAAUAAAUUACAUAACAAUCCUAAGUAUCUUACCAAAUUAAUGAAAAAUUCUCCAGUAAGUUAUUUUGCAGACAAGGCAACUAUCAAAAUUAUCACUAUUGUUAGUGUUGGGCUAACAAUAGAAAUGUAUUUUGUAUUUUAGAGGGAAAUGAGGUACCCAAUAAUCUUUCUUCUAGUUCAGUUUUUCUUUUUCUUUUUUUCUUUUUCUUUUCGAGGCAGGGUUUCUCUGUGUAGCCGUGGCUCUCCUGGACUUGCUUUUGUAGACAGGCUGGCCUUGAACUCACAGCAAUCUGCCUGCCUCUGCCUCUGGAGUGCUGGGAUUAAAAGCAUGUGCCACCAUGCCCGGCUCCUAGUUCAGUUUUUCCAUUGGCACAGAGAGAAAAAAAAUAUUUUUAAAAAAGGUAACAUCUGGCUCCCUUGAAAUUGCUCAUUGACAUCAGGAGGCUUGGGUUUGUAGUGCCACAGAUGGAAAGCCAAAGCAUUUGACAGAAUUUCAAGUUUUGUUGUAACCUAACGUCAUCUUUUUGCAAUUUGAAGGGAAAAU